ACCACUAACAAUUUGAUAACUCAACUCAUUAAAUAGUUUGUGUUUUAUUUUGUCGCCAAGGUGAUUUUGGUGGUUUCGUGCAAGUACAGGAUGGAUUGGAAUAAGGAAACGAUCCUAAACUUUAUUAAGUUCAUAAGAGAAAGACCUGCGAUCUGGAACACUCAAUCGCCGGAUCACAAGAUUAAAAACAAACGACACGACGCCAUGGUAGAAGUGGCGAUGUUGAUGGGCAUCUCCAUAAAAGAAGUUAAUACAAAAUGGACUAUUCUUCGAAAUCAAUUCAGCCGGGAAAAGAGAAAGAUGACGGGUAGCCGCGCAGACUCGGUAUACAAAACAAAAUGGUAUGCAUACAAGGAGAUGGAGCAUUUAAUGGCAUGCAAUACACCAAUAAUUAACAUCAAUAAUAGUGAGAGAACUACAACGCCGCCGCCACCUCUAACACCACCACCUAAGCCACCGCUACCAAAAAAGAAGAAAACGGAAACAGAUGGCCAGAGUUCAUUUUAUAAAGAAGCAGUGGAAACAUUGAGAGUUAUUAGGGAAAGAAAAAAUACCUCACGAAAUCCUGCUGAUGAUCUAACAAGUUUUGGGUUAUACAGGGUGUCCCGUAAUGUAACGUCAAGCCGGAACUGGGUGUUGAGCAUAGAUGAUAGUGAUAGUCCAUUUCCUACAGCUUUCAAAUUAACUCGAAGGUUUUCAACAGCAGAUGAUCAAUGUGAAGAAAUGAUUAAUGAAAACUCCUAA